CAAAUACUGAGAAAAUAAAGGGUUAAAUAAAGGGAGGUUGCGAGUGCAAUCAUGUUCAUGGAGUGAACAUCAUCACACCAGCACUGGGGGUGGACCCUCUCGGAUGCGACCCCCAGGCACGGCCGCUGUGCAAGGUACAGGUGAACUGAUCCCAAGUCAGCCUCUCAGCCUUCCAUGGGAACGCGAAGGAGGCCCUUGGCACGUCGUUUUAUCGUGUCAACCACAAAUUCAGCAUCUCCAUGUGACUUCGUCAGUGGAAUAACUGGUAGGGAUGAGGAUGGCAUCAACGUACAAGACUUGGAAUUAGUGGAGAACUCGUAUUUUCCCAUUUGGACUUUCUUCAAGAAACUUCACUCCACAGCGCAGACGGGAAUCGGAAGUGAAUAAAUGCAUGUCCGCCUCCGGGGAGGCAAAGCCAUCUCAACCUGACAAAUGGCGCUACAGGAGUGCCAUCCGACAGCCGUACUCCUGACCUCAGUCUUGGCGGCGGUCCUGGGCUCCCUGCAGGUCGGCUAUCACACAGGCAAUGUCAACGCCCCCGCCAAGAUCAUGGAACAGUUUUUCAAUGAGACCAUGAGACACCGACACAACCAAACCAUCUCAGACCACAGCCUGACCCUCCUGUGGUCCCUGUCCGUCAGCAUUAAGGACUUUGGAGCUCUGUUGGGCUCGCUGGGAGUCAAACAUCUAGCAGAUUCGCUCGGACGGCGUAAUUCCAUUCUGGUGGUGAAUUGUUUAUCCGUGGUGGGAGCGUGCCUGAUGGUCAUCUCCAAAGCCAUACGAGCGUUUGAGACUCUCAUACUAGGAAGACUCUUGUUCGGUUUGUUCUGCGGCCUGGUGAUGAGUCUGAACCCGCUCUACAUCCAGGAAGUGUCCCCAACCAGUCUGAGAGGGGCCUUUGCGACACUCAACCAGGUGGCCUUUGCAUCAGGGAUCCUGCUGGGCAUGGUGUCCGGCCUGGAGACGGUGUUGGGGACGGUAGACCGCUGGGACAUGAUGCUGUCUCUGUCCUUGAUCCCGGCUCUGGCGCAGUACCUGGUCUUGCCUUUCUGCCCCGAGAGCCCUCGAUACCUGCUGAUCAAUAAAGGACAGGAAAGCAAAGCGGAUGCCGCGCUGCUGAAGCUGAGAGGAAACCGAGACGUUGUGCUCGCCGAGCUGGAGGAGAUGAAAGGAGAGGCGGCGCACACUCAGCCUCGAGUGUCCAUCUGCCAGUUCCUAAAGAAGCGAAGCUACAGGCUGCCCAUCGUCAUCGUCCUCUUCGUCAACUUGGCCAGCCAGCUGUCUGGGUUCAAUGCGGUCAUCAAUUAUUCCACCACAAUAUUCCAGGCCUCGUUUGACCAGGCCAAGUACCUGACCCUGGGGGUGGGGGCGGUCAACGUCACCUUCACGUUGGUGGCAUUUUUCCUGAUGGAAAAGGCGGGAAGAAGGCGAUUGCUCCUGACCGGUUUCAUCUGCAUCGCGCUGUGCAGCUUACUCAUGACCGUGGUCGAUUCUGUAUUGCAUCUGGUCCCACAGAUGGGGACCCUGCAGGUCCUGCUGGUGUUCUGCCUGAUCUCCGCCUAUGAGCUGGGUCCCGGACCAAUCUCCUGGUUCCUCGCCGGGGAACUGUUUGACCAGCCAGGCCGACCCAUCGGCAUGGCCUUUUCCAGUAUGCUGAACUGGGGAGGGAAGUUUGUUCUGGCGCUGCUCUUUCCUCCGGUGCUGAAACUCAUCGGUGGAUACACGUACCUCCUCUUCAUGGUCCUGGCGGUAAUCGGCUUUGUCUUUACCUGGUUUCAACUUCCCGAGACAAAAGGCCGCACGUUUGACGAGAUAGCGGAGGAGUUCAGGGGGAAGGACUUCCUCCCGUUGCACAAUAAGAACUGUUUCAACACCUUCACCUAAAGGGACCUUUAGCGCCUUCCACAAAUGCAUCCAUGUUAUUAAAAAGGGGGGCGCCCUGCCCAGCCGCCCCACAAAUUAUCUUUGGUAAAGAUUCCAAAAAAUGACAAUGAAUCACCACCGUUUGACUUCCAUGCCAGUCAUGUGACUAAUCUGUACAUUAAGAUUAAAACGAGACCCCGCCGGGGUGGGGGGCUGGGGGGCAGCCAGCCAUCUGCAGACUGUACGCUCUGGCAUCUCUUGCUCUACCAUGAAUCACUACCAUGAUUGUCCUAUGAAAAUACCACAUGAUGGUAGAGUCUCAUUCAGACCUACUUCCUGCUUAUGUUCUAUCAUCAUCCGAGGAACUGUACUUCCUAAGCCAUAUACUCUACAUGGAUACACGCUGUACAUGGAUGCUUCAUUCAUAUUCAGGAGAAAUUCCCUUGAAAUUCCCUCGCCAACCUAGUGGGUGAGCGGGAAACACAACGAUGCAUAACUAUGUUGGAAAUACGGUAAUAUCAUUUCAUAUUCAUAUCAAUUCAUAUCACGGACAUCAUCAUUUGGGGGACAAUAAACAUU